CUCUUCUAUGAAGCUGUUACCCUCUGCUGUUGCCUGCUGGGCCACCCAUGCUCUUACCUGCAGGCUUCUACAGAGCAGCGCUUCUCUCUCUCAAUCCAGCCUCAACAGCCAAGAAGAUGGCAUUCAGCUUUACUUCCUGUAGUUCUUUUGGGGCACAGAGCACCUUUUCCUACUUUGCAAAUGAAAAUUACAGGAUGAUAAGGAAUAUGGUUUUGAAAACUACAAUCACCCCCUACCUUGAGACCUGCUGGUCCAGAGUAGUGAUAAGACAUCUGAAGCAGCCCUGACUUGCACAGCUGAUUUUUCCUCUGUCUGGAUUUCUUAAAGAGGACCGCAGCCACAAGCUAUAAAUACUUUGCCCAAACUUCGUUGCACACAUUUGAGUUGUGUGACAGUGCUUAUUGUGUACAACUGUAUCCUGUCUCUCACUGUUUGAGCUGAGCCUUUUGUGCAGGACUUGGAGCAGUGCACUCCUGCUGGGGCCAAGGCCACCUCCCUGUUGGUGCCUGCAGAGCUGUUAGGCAGUGGCUCUUCUCUGCUGCAUGCCACACUUUGACCUGGAGUGAGCAUCAAGCUCUCUGAGCUGCAGUUUGGGGGGGAAUGAGCUUUUCCCCCUUUGAAGAGCUGAUAAGCACACCCAGGCUCUUUUUCACAUCCUGCAAUACACUGAGAUCCACAUCUGGGCUCAGAGAUGGACCUCAUUGUGAGAAGCAUUGCUCUUUCUCCCUCAUCACUUACCCUGGCUGGGCAGCCUGCUUACCCCCACGGGGAGAAGGAACGUGAGCUUGAAGAAAUCCGCAAAUGUGGAAUGAAAAACUUCCGUAACAUCCAGGUUGAUGAAGCUAAUUUAUUGACUUGGCAAGGGCUUAUUGUUCCUGACAACCCUCCAUAUGAUAAGGGGGCCUUCAGAAUCGAAAUCAACUUUCCAGCAGAAUACCCAUUCAAACCACCGAAGAUUACAUUUAAAACAAAGAUCUAUCACCCCAACAUCGAUGAAAAGGGACAGGUCUGUCUGCCAGUAAUUAGUGCUGAAAACUGGAAGCCAGCAACGAAAACCGACCAAGUAAUCCAGUCUCUCAUAGCACUGGUGAAUGACCCCCAGCCUGAGCACCCCCUUCAGGCUGACCUAGCUGAAGAAUACUCUAAAGACCGUAAAAAAUUCUGUAAGAAUGCUAAAAAGUUUACAAAGAAAUAUGGGAAAAAGCGACCCGUGGAUUAA